AUGGUGACAGAAAAGGAUACCAGAGUGAGCCGUAUUUAUCCAAAUCUGAAAUACAUUCGCGAAGUUUCGAUCAAAAUUGCACUUGCAAUUGGCAAGCACUGCUAUGAGCUCAUCGAUGUGACUUAUGAAUGGCCAGCGAACGAUAUGAAACAUGGCUUCCCGGUACCGGUAGUAAGACGCGAGUCGGUGGAUGAAUAG